UUACCCCCCGGGAGACGAUCGAACGCGAACAAAAAAAGAACAGUGUAGCCUGAUGAGCACGGCCCUACCGGGCACAUCCCAAAGCUUACAUUACCCUUACUACACCUCUGGUGGCCGUCAUCUCUUUCAUAUUUGCUCUCCAGUUUAAUAGGGUGCGGCUGCUUGGGUCCACUUGUCAGGAUAUCGAAAUACUGCCUGGUGCAUCGCCCCUGCACUACACGGACGCCCCCCGUCUUGCAUCGUGAAACCUCCUCCGCUUCUCUCGCAGCCUUCCACAAACCAGCCCUUUUCGACUCGGAAAAGCUUGUCAUACUCUGAAAUAUACGCAUGAUCAUUCAAGAUGUCGACAUCGAUACACUUGUCGAGGUUCCGGAAAUGGCUCCUUGCUUCGCCGCCAAUCGAGUUUGCCAUUGGGCAACUUCGGGACCUCUUGGUUGGAGCAAUCCGACAGGGUCCAGUUCCACAACAUAUUGCUUUCGUCAUGGAUGGUAACCGGAGGUUUGCCCGAACGCACGGGAUUGAAACGGUGGAAGGACACAACAUGGGGUUUGAGGCUUUGGCAAGGAUUCUCGAAGUCUGUUACAAGAGCGGCGUUAAAGUAGUUACAAUUUACGCCUUCAGCAUCGAAAACUUCAAACGCUCCAAAUUCGAGGUGGAUGCACUGAUGGAGAUGGCCAGGGUGAAGUUGUCGCAGAUGGCUCAGCAUGGCGAGAUCCUCGAUCGCUAUGGGGCCAAGGUGCGGAUAUUGGGUCGGUUGGACUUGCUCAGGCCGGAUGUUCUCGCUGCAGUGAACCGGGCCGUGGAAAUGACCAGCAACAAUGGUGACUGCGUAUUGAACAUCUGUUUUCCGUAUACGUCGCGCGACGAGAUCACCACGGCUGUCCGAGAUACCGUGGCCGAGUACAGCCAGCCCCUUCCGUCGACUCGUCCGUCGUCUAUCUCCUCGAGGACACCCUUUUCCGAAUCCCACAUUACACAAAACAUUCGAGCACAGACGCAGGUUUCGAAAGGGGAAGAGGUACCGAGUGACUCGGAAGCGGCAUCAGAGUCAUCAGGAGACGGCGAAACGACGAAGCACAAGACACCGAACGGAGUCUAUGAAAACGGAUCUUCGUUUUCUUCCUCGUCGACUCUCCACCUCGCCGGGCAACAAGAUGCUGCCAAUGGGAAAGUACCAGCAGCAGAACCCGCCGUCGGGAAGGAGAGCCUCGUCUUUAUGUCCCCUGAGACGAUUACACGCCAGACGUUGUCAGAGCAUUUAUUCACCCAUGACAAUCCUCCUCUAGAUCUGCUGGUCCGGACGUCUGGAGUUGAGCGCCUUAGUGACUUCAUGCUGUGGCAAUGCCACGAGGAUACGGAGAUUGUCUUCCUCGACGUCCUAUGGCCGGAAUUUGACCUUUGGCAGUUCCUGCCCGUGAUGCUGAGAUGGCAGCGUCGAAUCUCCAAGUCAAAGAAGAACCCGGAUGCGGAGGGCAACUUUGACGGCGAUACGUCUGACUCUGCGGAGGAAAGUAAUGGCAAGGUCAAAGACCUGUAGAUUGUUAUGUUCACUUUUUAUCUUUUUCUCUGUUGUUGUAUACAUGGACUGGGUUACCGUCCUGGCAU